AUGUAAGUAAUUCUGACAGUAAGGUUGUAAUUGAUCGUCUGAAGAGAAGCCGGCUUAAUCUUUGUAACAACAAAGUAUCCAUGGCGAAUUUUGAUUUUCUCAGUUGCGUAACGCUGCUUGUGAUUUUCUCAGCAACACUGGGAACAGGACAGGUUGCAAACAUUCCCAAACUAGAUUUGAUAGAGAUCGGCACUGGAAACACUUUACGGCUUGAAGGGCGAGUUUCUAAUGUUCUUCUGGAUCCGAAGGGUGUAGAAUUUACCGAUUUUUUCACAAAUAAUCCGGGCACGAUUGCUGCUUGUGGUACUGGAAUCUGGAGAUUCUACCCUCAGGCCGACUUCACCGUUCCUAAUCUACUCACAAUCGGGUAUCAAAUUGGUUCCAGCCCUGUCGAGGAAUGUUUCGAUAUUGACGGGAUCAGGGAUUCUCUCGCGACAAUGAAAUCAUUCCGUUCGAUGGUCCUCCCCCCGGAUAACAUGAACCAACCAGCAAUUCACAUAUUUAGCGGAGUGUACGGAGUCGGAAUAUAUAGCCCCCUGUUCUUCCCAGACGAUUUUGUGAAUGGCCCCGUAGAUAUCUCGAGAUUCGGGCCGGUAGGUUCCUUUUUGAUUACGGGACAGGCGGACGUAAUCCCGACUAAUCCACAAGACCAGUUGGUGCCAGUAUUUAAACUCUUUCCUUCCGGCACUCCCGACCCAUUGAAGCCGCCGGUGUGUUUCAUUUUGAGAAACGAUAAUUCAGCCAGUGCCAACAAGUUUCAUUUUCAGGGGACAAUGAAUUUCGAUGAUGAAAACGGAGUUCCAACAACGAUCACAGUGGGGGCUAUUGAUUAUCGUUCGUACGACCAGAUUAGUGACGAUCCGAGAGCAUUUUGUCCAAAGAGCGUGGAUGUGCGGGGGACUGACAACUUGGGGUUUAUUCCAGGAAAUGGGGUGACUCAGAAGCAGAAAAUUGUGCGGGUUUAAUUGGUGAAUGAAUGGAAUAUUUAUGUAUGCGUCACAUUACUGAUUGCCUGCCACAAUUUUACUUAAAGCAAUUUUAAAUUACUUUCUGCUACUAUUAUUUUAAAAAAACAUGCAAUAAAAUUGGAGCAAAAGUCCGAGUUGGUACAAUUUA